UUAAUCUUUAGGAAAUAUUUUUGUACAAUAAAAAUCUGACAAGCUAAUCCAGCUAAAAAUAGUGCUUAAAUGCCACUAAAAUGCAGUGUUUAAACCUCAUAAUUAAAUAUAAAAAGCAAAAAGGUCUAAAUUUUAAGACAAAAGAAACCCCCAUUUACCAGGCUGGCUAUGGGCCUGUAUUUUAUAUUAUAUUAUAUUAUAUUAUAUUAUAUUAUAUUAUAUUAUAUUAUAUUAUAUUAUAUUAUAUUAUAUUAUAUUGUAUUAUAUUAUAUUAUAUUAUAUUAUAUUAAUUUGCAUUUCCUCUCAGAAUGGCGGCAGUGGAAUGAUGUUUCCACAAGAGGCCGCUGUUAUCUGUUUUGAAUUUUGCCCUUUCAUGUUGUUUAUUUUGAUUUGCUUUGUCAUUUGACAUUUAUAUGUCGUGUAUAUUUCCCAGUGUAGUUCUGAACAUUCUUACAUAAAUUACCUUAAAUUAUUCUUAAACUGCCAUUAAAGUUUGCGAAUGUUUCUACCUCAAGUCUCUGAGUCUUUAAUGUUAAAUCUAAUCCCGAACGAUUUAUCAGUGGACUAGCAAAGAAAUAUUAGAACAAAACAACAAAAACGGCAACAACAAAAGUCACUUACCUGUAGACAACUCAAUGCCGUCUCUGUGAGCGAGAUAGAUCAACGUUUGCUCCGAAUGACAUGAUGAUAAUGUUAUUAAUGGGUAGCAUAGUCAUCGCUGUUUGGUCUCAUGACACGUUGCUACGUGAAGUAAUAAAUUGCAUAAGGUUAACGUUAAUCUAUUUUCUACUGACACUGUAGAGUGAGUCACUUAUAACACUUUCUUUGUAUAGGCCUAUAAACAAAUAGUGUUUACCUACACGUUUAACUAUUAAAUAAUUUAGUAAAGUUACACAUUCUAAUACGCGUAGGGACAUAAAUAAAAUGAAAGAAAAUAAUAAAAAAAUAACAUAAAAAGAAAAAUAUACAUCCGAGGGUCUGGGCAAAACAUACAGGAAGUUUGUGUUGCUUGGCAACAAAAUCUGCUUUAUCAAAGAGCUUAGCUCACUGGCUCCAUCGCGUCUCUUUAUGAUGGCGGACAGAAACGAUCUUGAGAAACUUGAUUUCGGCGCUUUAAGUCUCGACCAACAGGUGAAGCUACGACAGUUCAAGAUCAAGACAAGAAUUGCCAAUGAAAAAUAUUUGAGGUUUCACCCAGAGGUGGAAAUGUUACUGAGUGACUUUUUAAGAAACGUGUUUCUGAAAAGGCCUGCAGAUGUUCAUGAAUUUGCAGCAGAUCAUUUCAGUGACCCUGGAUUGCCAACAAAAAUUCAGGCCCAAAUAAAAAUCAAUAAUAAGUGAAAGUG